CUUCUUCCAAAAUCCUAACCCUCUUUUCUCCUCUGUUUGGGUGUUGUCUACUCUUUUCACGAAACACAACCGUUCAUCUAUACAAUCGCCUGAAAACCCUAGAUCUGAUCGUACUCCUCCGUUCUCCUUCAUCGCCCCACCCAGAACCCAUCCCUGCAAUCUACGAAGGUUAUAAGGAUGGUUUCGGACGCCAGCAAGAAGAAGGCCGCACAGAAAAAGGCCGCGGCGGCAGCCAAGCGGGGAGGCAAAGCUGCUGCAUCGUCUGCUUCAUCAAAGGCGGCGGCCGUGUCGCAGAAUGGAGCCGAUAAGCUGGCGAACGGGGUUGGGGCGCUUGAGAUUUCGGAUCGGACUUGCACUGGUGUGCUCUGCUCGCACCCUCUCUCUAGAGAUAUUCGCAUAGAGUCUUUAUCGGUUACCUUUCAUGGGCAUGAUCUCAUUGUGGAUUCUGAAUUGGAGCUCAACUAUGGCAGACGUUAUGGUUUGCUUGGAUUAAAUGGGUGUGGUAAGUCUACUCUUCUCAAUGCAAUUGGGCACCGAGAGCUUCCCGUACCUGAGCAUAUGGAUAUCUAUCACCUGUCCCGAGAAAUUGAAGCUUCUGAUAUGUCUUCACUUGAGGCUGUUAUAAGCUGUGAUGAGGAGAAGAUAAAAUUGGAGAAAGAAGUUGAACUCUUGUCGGCGCAGGAUGAUGGAGGUGGAGAACAGCUUGAACGAAUUUAUGAACGUCUGGAAGCCAUGGAUGCAGCUACAGCAGAGAAACGUGCUGCUGAGAUAUUGUAUGGUCUUGGUUUUGACAAGGAGAUGCAGGCAAAAAAAACCAGAGAUUUCUCAGGUGGCUGGAGGAUGAGGAUUGCGUUGGCCAGGGCGCUAUUCAUCAAUCCAACCAUUUUGUUGCUUGAUGAGCCAACCAAUCAUCUUGACUUGGAAGCUUGUGUGUGGUUGGAGGAGACCUUGAAGAACUUUGAGCGCAUUCUGGUCGUAAUAUCACAUUCCCAGGAUUUUCUAAAUGGAGUGUGCACAAACAUCAUUCACAUGCAAAGCAAGAAACUGAAGAUUUACAGUGGCAAUUAUGAUCAAUAUGUUCAGACACGUUCUGAACUGGAGGAGAAUCAAAUGAAACAGUACAAGUGGGAGCAGGAACAGAUUGCUUCAAUGAAGGAGUAUAUUGCACGGUUUGGGCACGGAUCAGCAAAACUAGCUCGCCAAGCACAAAGUAAAGAGAAAACCUUGGCAAAAAUGGAGCGUGGUGGACUUACUGAAAAGGUUGCCAGGGACAAGGUUUUGGUCUUCCGUUUUGUUGAUGUGGGGAAGCUUCCUCCACCAGUGCUUCAAUUUGUAGAAGUAACAUUUGGUUACACACCUGAUAACCUAAUUUACAAGAACAUUGAUUUCGGAGUUGAUCUGGACUCACGAAUUGCUCUGGUUGGACCCAAUGGAGCUGGGAAGAGUACGCUUCUGAAGCUGAUGACGGGGGAAUUAUUUCCUUCAGAUGGCAUGGUCCGACGACACAAUCACCUUAGAAUAGCACAGUUCCAUCAGCACUUGACUGAGAAGCUUGACAUGGAUAUGUCUGCCUUACAGUAUAUGAUCAAAGAGUAUCCUGGAAAUGAGGAGGAGAAGAUGAGGGGCUCAAUUGGCAGGUUUGGCCUGACAGGUAAGGCUCAGGUGAUGGCUAUGAAGAAUCUGUCAGAUGGCCAAAGGAGCCGUGUGAUCUUUGCUUGGCUGGCUUUUAGGCAACCUCAUCUGCUUCUACUGGAUGAACCAACUAACCAUUUGGAUAUCGAGACAAUUGACUCGCUUGCCGAGGCCUUGAACGAGUGGGAUGGAGGUUUGGUUCUUGUUAGCCACGAUUUCAGGCUCAUCAACCAGGUCGCCCAGGAGAUUUGGGUUUGUGAAAAUCAAACUGUGACCCGGUGGGAGGGUGGUAUUAUGGACUUUAAGGCGCAUCUGAAGAAAAAGGCUGGUUUAUCUGACUGAGGCCACAUAUAACAGUGCUUACCGUCUGUAAAGGUUGGCUUCAUGCUGUUUGUUGAUGAUAUGAUGCUUCUUGGCAUUGCCUUUUAGCUACGGAUUAAUUCGGAAGCCAAUAGAUUAUAAGGAAUGAUCAGGCUUGGUAAUUGUUUCAAAGUCGACAUGAGCAGCUAUAUUAUUCUAUGCUCGGUUAGUAGUUGGUAUUUUUUAUUUAAUUGUUUUUAGUUUGUUUGCCCACUAUUUUUAUUUUGUGUUGCUAUGAAAGUGAGUCGUGCAUUCACAAGGACUCGGAGCUUUUUGUCAAACGAUAUAAUGUUGUAUUGAGAUCAUAAUUAUAUUAGCCUUCUAAAAGACUUUAAAAAGUUUCAUAAGAAUGAUGAUAUCAUUUAUUGAUUCCAA